GACUGUACUGUGACCCUGGAGUCUUGCACUGAAGCAGACAGAGUUAUGUACUGUGCUUAUCCUGUCUCUGGGACAGGCAACAACUCAUUAAUGUAUUGCUACAACAUGAAACCAGUUUAUGGGCAGUCUCCCAGUAACGAUGACAUCAACCAAAACCCAUCUUCACACCCUUCCACCAAGGCACCCAGCAAUGUUUUUGCAAGCACAUUCUUUGAGGGGACGAGCCAUUCACCUGACAUCUGGAAUGCUGUAAAUGGGCUGAACCAGCAGGGCUAUGAAGGUGCACUGGGAGCGGUCACAUCCCUCCAAACGCAUGCGGGGAGCUACAACAACCUGCCGCCACACACUCACCUGGACUAUUCUCCACAUUCGGUGAUGGCUGCAGAUAUUAACAGGGGUCUUCCGCCUAUGUCCACUUUCCACCGCAACAACACCGCGUCACACACUCCAUCAGUAAACACCUCAGAGAGUUCUGCAGUCUCAGGGAACCAGGGCAAUGCUUCAGGAGGGUCACAGACAGGCGAUGCCCUGGGCAAAGCUCUGGCCUCUAUUUAUUCCCCUGAUCACACCAGCAGCAGCUUCCCCUCCAGCUCAUCCACACCGGUGAGGUCUCCGUCCCCGUUGCCGAGCUCCACUGAGCCCGCAGGUACCAAUAUGUGGCCACGGAGUUCAGUUCAGACUCCAGUCUCUCCCAAUUAUGAGUCCUCUCUCAUAUCAAUGUCUCAGGUGGAGGACCGGCUGGACAGACUGGACGACGUGAUCCACGUCCUGAGGAACCACGCUGUGGGUCCCACAGCCGGCCUGCCCACUGACAUCCACAGCCUGCUGAACCACAGCCAGCACGGCCACCCCGGCUCCGCCACCGCUCCACCCGUCACCUGCCACACACCAGCCAUGGUUGAAGCCGUCACUGUCAGCAACAACCACUCAGCCUUCCAGAGCCGCACACCAAAUGGCCACCCAUACCCUGCUAGACAGCGGCCCGCACUUCAGUCCACGCAACCAGGAGGCCGAGGUGCCCUGGGUGUCUUGGGUAAUCUGGAGCUGAAGAUGGAAGGUGGGGAAAGGGAAGAAUUAAUGCACACGAGUCACAGCCACAGCUCCGACAGCCAGAGAUCAGAUGAGGAGAGCGAACACAAACCACAUGCAGACAACAGCACAAGGACAAGUAUCCAUGAGGAUGAGGAUCUGAGUCCUGAGCAGAAGGCCGAGCGCGAGCGUGAGAGGAGGAUGGCAAACAACGCCCGGGAGCGCCUGCGCGUGCGGGACAUCAACGAGGCCUUCAAGGAGCUGGGCCACAUGUGCCAGCUGCACCUGAAGAGCGAGAAGCCGCAGACCAAGCUGCUGGUGCUGCACCAGGCCGUGGCUGUGAUUCUCAGUCUGGAGCAACAAGUCAGAGAGAGGAACCUGAACCCCAAGGCAGCAUGUCUGCGGAGGCGGGAGGAAGAGAAGGCGUCUGCGGUCAUGACAGAUCCUCAGUCCAUGCAUCUCGCGUUUCAUCCUGGUCUGACAGACGCAGCCAACCCUAUGAGCCACCUCUAAGCAUCAAGUCUGUCAUCCAGUUGAUUUCACAAAGGGUUAUGCACUCUGCUAAACCAGUGAUUAGAUUGUUUUUCUACCUGAUAUUAAAAGAAAUGGGGAGUUUUUUUUAUUUCCAAAAUUAGAUACAUAUGA